AUGUUUUCUUCCUUUAUAAGCUUUUUAGAUGGGCCAGUAGAUAUAGAUGAGUUUUACAACUUCAAAGAACCAAAAUAGAACCCACUUAAUGAUGAUGAAGAUUUCGAGGACAAACCCUAUAAUGACUAUGAAUUUUAGGAUGAGAUGAUGAUGAUGCCUCCUACUGAUGUUUCACUGAUAAAUCAUUCACCUUCUCAUCAUAGAAUUAAUUCAUCGCAGGAUAUGAAUAAUCUUUCAGGAAGGAAAAAUUAGAAAAGCAAAAAGUCUACUUCUCGAACUUAAUCCAUUGAUAAUCCCUAGAUAAUAUCUUAGUCUUAGGAUUUAAAUCAGUCUUAGUUCCAGAAUAUUGGAAAUAACCGUGGAGGGAUAUAGAGUCUCAAUACAACUACCCUUUCUUAUAUUGAUCAUAGGAACAAUACUUCAAAAAGUUUUUUAAAUGGACCUCAGAUAUCGGCUUUUGAUAGAUUGUAUUAUUCAGGUUUGUAGAGAAAAGCAUCUAAGGAGAGAAGAAUGAAAGAAAAAUAGGAUAUAGAAGAGGUGCAAGAACUCUCACUAAUGCAAAAACAACCAAAGAUUUCACUUAUUUCAUCUGAAGUGGCUAAGACUCUCAGAGAGAGACCAAAGAUGAAUGAUUUCUUGGAGUACUCUAUGGAAUGGUAGAAGUUGAGAGAUGCUAAAAUACAGUAAGCGAAGAUGAUGUAGGAGACUAAGAUAGUUGAGGAAAGUAAACCUGUUAACUUUAAUGGUAGCAAUAAAAUCAUUGGAGAUAACUAUAAAGGAGUGGUGAGUGGCUACUAUGAUCAAGUUAAUAAGUUCUUUGAAAGAAAGAGGCACAACUUAGAGCUAGGUCAAGCUAAGCCAGAGGGUAUCCCUUAGAUUAAAGAAUAUAGGAAAAAAUCUCGAUCUAAAAGUGCGACUAGACAUCCAUUAAAUCCUUAGGCUAAUGUUUACAAUCUGAGUAGAAAUUAACAAUAGCAUGAUUUACCUACUCUGACAAGCAAAACUGAUUAGUAACAUACUCUUAACACCAUAAUGCAUAAUACAUCAGAUGUUGAUGAGUUUGCUACAUUUUUAUCCAUCCCUAAAAAAUCUUAGAUAGAUGAUUAUUUGGACUAAAAUGUGGAGUAGAGGUUAAUUAAGAAGGGUCAAGAAUACAAAAAUAACCUAAAUCACAAAAGGCAUGAAGUAAUACAAGACAUGAUAAGGGAAGGACCUACAUUUCAACCUAAGCUAAUAGCCAACAACGAAGCUUAUUUAAAGAAUAUAAGAACUGAAGAGGAUGUUACUAAAAGAUAAAACGAUAUUGGUAGCCAUAUGUAUUGUUAGGCUAUGGUAUUUUUGAUUAAUAAAUAAACCAAGAUAAUUGAGAACAGGAAAGUUUUAUAUGAAUAAUAAAGAGUACCUGAAGUUAAUGCUAAAUCAAGGGAGAUGUUGCAAAAUAUUAUUAGAAAACCUCUAUAUGAAAUUAGUCAACCUAAAACUAAUACUGCUAACUCUGAUCUCCAAAAGAAAUAGUAAGAUCCAGAGGUUGUCAAAAGAAAGAAGGAAAAAAUGGCAGAUUUUAUUUAAAGAAAUUAUGAACGAGAAAUGAAGGCAAAGGCUUUAAAGGCUGAAAUUAAUAAGAAAGAGACAAAUUCAAUAGAGUCAUUAUAAAAAUAAGGGAUCGUAUUUAAGCCUCAACUAUCAACUGGUACUAUGAAUCUAAUAACAUAGAGAUAAUAAAGAUAAGCCCCUACCUUUGAAGAGUUAUAUAGAGAGGCAAACAUAAAACGGCUUAAACAUAAAGAGUUAGUUGCUAAAAAUGAAAAAGAAAAGUAACAGUAAGAGUUAAAGGAUGCCCCUUUUAAGCCAACAAUCAAUAAAUCUAGCAUAUAAAUUAUCUAGCAAAAGGUAGCGGCGACACCAUUUUAAUAAACAAAUCCUAUUGUGAAUCCAAAAUUGCAAUCAUAGUCCUAGAAAUAUGAAAAGUUAAAUGAUAAGAAAUAAGCAUUAUAGAAAUAAUAAUUAGAAAAAGUUUAGCAAAAGAAUGGGGCGAACAAUUCUUAUCUUUAAAUGCACUACUAAAAUUAACAAAGAGAUCAGCAAUAGAAAUCAAAUCAGAAAGUGGGAGGAGAUCUGACUAAGAAUGUGUCAUUCGGUAUGAAAAAUUAUGCUUCCAAUUCCAGCAUUACGUAUUCCUAAACAUCUAAUACCUAAAAUUUUCUAUCUGAUAAAAAAGGUAAUGAGCUAAUAUUUGUUUAGUAAAUAGAUGAAGCAAGCUAAAGCAAUAUCAAUUAUGAUGAAAAGAGUCCUUAUAAAACUGGAGAUGAUUAAGCCAACAAUCUAACUAUACAAGAAAGUUCAAGUUAGAGAAGAAUAUCUCAUCUCCUUGGCAUCCCACAAAUGAACAAUAAUAGUAAUUAUGAAAGAAAACGUAGCAGUGAGCUAAACAAGACUAUUGAGUCAAAUUUACUAGACUUCAAUGAUGACAGAUUGUUUGAGGAAACUUAAAAGCUGGCAGGUGGUGAUAAAUCAUCUCGAACAAGUAGUAUUGGAGGAGUAAAACAUAGUGAUUUUUUAAUGAAUACUGGCAAUUUUGCCUAGAGUUAUGGAGAUAACAAGAUUUAAGGGAAUAAUAAUAGAUAAGGUCUAGGUAAUUCUAUUAGAGGUCCUGAUUCAAAUGGGCUUGGAGGUACUGCAAUGAUUGGUGGAACAAAUGAUGUCAUAGAGGGAUUCCUUUAGGACAUGUAGAAUGCAGCAGUGACUUAAAGCAGCGUCUCUAACAUGGGUUAAAUUAGUCAGCCAAUAGAAAAGAUUAUCGAGGAUGCAAGAAGAGCUUUAAUGGAAUAUGAUGAUAGCUCCUUGCAAGAGUAACAAUAGACAUUUGAUACACAAGAAAUUAAACGAAAAGAAAGAUUAAUUAAGCAUGAACCUAGUAAAUCAGUACCUUAGAGACAAAUUGAAGAAAUGAAAAUGAAAUUUGAUACUGAGAGCAUCAGCAUUAUUGGUGGAGGAAGUAACUAAAAUAUGGAUUAAAAUACAUUUGUUCAUGAUAGUGCACAAAAGAGUUAAUUUUCUACUGAUUAACAUACGCCAGUCCGAUAAAAUAAGAGCCCAAAAAGUGAAAGCAACCUAAUUUCUCAGCCUAUUUCUAGUGAACCUCUAACUAAUUCUAAUAACAUACUGGAAGAGGACUAAGAGCAAGAAUAAGAGGAUGAUAAUUAUUCAAUAAAUAAUCAGCAAUAUGCAGCUGAGGAUAGUAUUCAGCCGUUCAAUCCACCAACUUAGUCUAAUAUGAUAGCAGAUCGUAACUAAUCUACUAUGAAUAAGACACUAAGCUUGAUUGAGGAGGAAAAUGAGGAUGAGUUUUAUACAAAUAAUGAGGACGAUAGAGUGUCAAGCUCUCAAUUCAAUAAUAAUUUUGGAGAUACCAGGAAAUUAUACCCAAAUGAAGUUACUGAUGAAUUGAGAAGAUUAGAUGAGGAUAAUUCUUAGUCAAAUAUUAGCAAUACAUUAGAAAUUUCGCAUGUUAAAUCUAUUGCAGACAUGCCAUUUAUUGUAAGGGACAUUGAAAGCAUGGAAAAGCAAUUCACUAAAUUCUUAGAACAAAUCUACAAUUGA